GGUGCAUUCCUCGUGCCAUAUCUGGUCUUUGUGGUGACCUGUGGUGUACCCCUGUUCCUGCUGGAGACCACCAUGGGCCAGUACACCCAGGAGGGUGGCAUCACCGCCUGGAGGAAGCUAUGCCCUCUGGCAGAAGGAUCGAAUGGGGGCUGAAACCUAUCCCAGCGAGAGGUGGGUUACACCCUGGACUGGUCGCCGGUCAAUCGCAGGGCUGACACACAAAGACAGACAACCACACAUGCACACACUCAUGCCUAGGGGCAAUGUAGAGAAGCCAGUUAAACUAAUGUGCAUGUUUUUGGGAUUGUGGGAGGAAGCCGGAGUACCUGGAGAAAACCCACAGAGGCACAGGGAGAACAAGCAAACUGCAAACGGAAGGGCCCAGACCAGGAAAACCUGAAACCUUCUUGCUUUGAGGCGACAGAGUUAACCACUGCACCUCAGUGCCAUUCCUUUCUUUUAAUUUAUCUUUUUAAAAUCUAUUUAUUUUUAGGGAGGAUUAAUUAGUCCCUGAGAGUGAGUAAGCAGUUUUAGUCUUGGACAGUCAGGUUUCUCUGGGCUUAAACAAUAAGGAUGCAUAAGGAACAAUGAACAAAAGGUACUCAUAAUAUUUGUUGAUAACAGAAAGAACCAUAUGUGGCCCUGCAGGUAUCGGAUAUGGUGGGCAGCUGAUCCUUUUCUACAGCUGCAUGACCUACAUCAUUAUUCUGUCCUGGGCUCUGUUCUACCUGGUGUUCUCCUUUAGCUCCCGGCUACCCUGGGCCACCUGCAAUAACUACUGGAACACGGAUGACUGUUUUGAAUUUUCAGCACAAAAUAACACCUUUAAACUGACCAACCAAACCAACAUAACUUCUGCUGCCACAGAAUUCUGGGAACGACGUGUUCUGGCUAUCUCAGGGGGCAUUGAGAAGACAGGUAGCAUCAGGUGGGAGGUGCUGUUGUGCCUGAUUGCAAUGUGGAUCAUCUGCUACUUUUGCAUCUGGAAAGGAGUCAAGUCUACAGGAAAGGUGGUGUAUUUCACUGCUACCUUCCCCUAUGUGAUGUUGCUCGUUCUUUUGAUCCGUGGACUCUCUCUUCCUGGGGCUCUUCAAGGAGUGGUGUUUUAUCUUCUGCCCGAACCCUCACGACUCCAAGACCCUUAUGUUUGGAUGGAAGCUGGGUCUCAGAUCUUCUUCUCAUACAGUGUGGGUGUGGGAUCCUUAAUUGUGCUAGGCAGUUACAACAAAUACAAUAACAACUGCUAUAAAGACUGUCUGUGGCUGUGCUUACUGAACAGUGGCACCAGUGUGGUAGCUGGGUUUGCAGUCUUCUCUGUGCUGGGAUUCAUGGCUCAUGAGCAGGGCGUUCCCAUUGCAGAAGUGGCUGAGUCAGGUCCAGGCUUGGCAUUCAUUGCAUACCCUCAGGCUGUAGCGCUGAUGCCUCUGCCCCAACUGUGGUCCAUCUGUUUCUUUGUCAUGCUCAUUCUCUUGGGUCUGGACACACAAUUUGUUGCUGUCGAGGUGGUGAUAACAUCCAUCAUAGAUAUGUUUCCCACAGAAUUGCGCAGGGCAGGCCGACGGGAACUUUUACUGCUCCUCUACUGCAUCGUAUGCUUCUUCUCUCAGAUUGUCAUGAUCACUGAGGGAGGGAUGUAUGUGUUCCAGCUGUUUGACUACUACGCUUGUAAUGGAGUCUGCAUCCUCUUUCUCUGUGCGUUUGAAGCCCUGACAAUGGGAUGGCUAUUCGGGGCAGAGCGGCUGUAUAUCAUCAUAAAGGACAUGACAGGUGUGAGUGUCAGCCUGUUUUUUAAAAUCUGCUGGUGUUACCUCACUCCUCUGGUCUCACUGGGCAGUUUCAUAUGUUCCUUAGUUUGGUACCAGCCUCUGACAUUUAACCGCUCGUACGUCUACCCAGGCUGGGCAUACACAUGUGGCUGGGUUCUGGCCCUCUCCUCCAUCCUGCUGUUGCCGGGAUGGGCGCUGUAUAAGCUGGUUACUGUGACUGGGAAUCUGAGUCAGCGUUUCCGUCAUCUGUGCCGCCCGGACCCUGAGCACUCCCUGUGUCAGAACACAGAAAUGGAGCUGCAGCACAUCUGUGGGGGAGAUCAGCCAGCUCACUGUCAGCUGAUAAGAAACAUCACUUGAUCCUUAAACUGUUUGUUAACUGCUUUUAUGUGUUCCACAACUAAGAUUUAGCACUGAGCACGCUGAUCGUUGUU